AUGAUGUAUUCUUUUCAGGUUGACGUUAAAAAGCAGGCCAAAGAAUUAUUAAUUGGGGUCAGUCUGCGAGUUCUGAUGAUCGCAGUUGCUACGGCAAUGGUGCUAGCAGUUCAGAUGUUGUGCAUCACUUUCUGGAGGAAGAAAUCGAAACAGCAUCACGACCUAUAUGCCAAGCAUGUCCGAGCACUCUACGAAAAUCGAGAGGAUCAAUUUACAAUAAUUUCAAUCGGAAACUCCCGCAUGGUUGUGAUCUGUGGUUCAACCACGACAACACCUCAAAGUUCUUCGCCAAAACUUAAACGUGACACAACAAACCAAAGUAUAGAGAAGAUAUAA